AUGCAGGUCGGAGAGAAUCCAAGCUUCCAUGUUACACAACAUUUAAUUGAAAAAUAUUAUCAACAUCUAUUGAAAGAUAAGAAUGCCAAUAUACUUCCUAACAAGAAUGUGGUUUCUGUAGAGUUUAAGGCAGACAAUGCGAAAGACGAUAUCCCUUUAAAUGUUGAAUCUACCUCUGAAUUCCAAAGAAACUCAUCUAGCUCGGUAAUCUCAACUGAUUCUGUUGAGAUCGAGAAUUCUAUUAAUGGUAUUAGCAAAAAAGCUCCUAGUAAAAGUGACUUAGAAUUUAAUCUCAGCAAAGUUGAAUCCUUAACUGAAGAAGAACUUAAGGAUCAAGAGUUCUUAGAACAAAUGAAAAAUGGCACUGAAAAUCAUGGAUAUCCUAUUAAUCUAGAUUCAGAAUGUGAAAAUAGUAUUACAACUAAUCUAACUAAGUGGAAUUUAAAUAUUUUGAACUACAAACAUUUAUUCAGUAAACUAUUCACCAGCUUUGACUACGAAAGGGAUUUAUUAGUCCAGAGGCUAUUAUCAGAACGAAGACACGCUAUGUCAUUUCAUGAAUGGAAAGAAGCUUCACUAAAAUUAGAUAAUGUGACAAAUAAAAUUCAAUGGAAACAGAAAGCAGAAUCAGAAUUGUAUGAUUAUAAGUUAAUAGAAGAGAUAACAAACAAACUAAAGGUAGCAAGAUUGGAGAAAGAUUACCCAAAGUUACUAUAUAUAAUACGUACACAAUGGGUAAGAAACCUGGGAAAUAUGGGUAAUGUGAAUUUAUAUAUCCAAUCACACAUUGGCACAAAAUACAUUAUUGAUGAUUAUAUAAAGGAAUCUAAGAUCUGUAUUGAGGCCUUACUGGAACAAAAUGAAUUGGAUGACAGCUACCUUUUGGCAAUAUUUCAACAAAGUAGACGAAAUAUUGGCCGAACUGCUUUGGUUUUAAGUGGUGGUGGUACCUUCGGUUUGUUUCAUAUUGGUGUAUUAGCUACGUUGUUUGAACUUGAUUUAAUUCCUAGAGUCAUUAGUGGAAGCAGUGCUGGUGCAAUCGUUGCUAGUAUCUUAUCAGUUCAUACAAAAGAUGAAAUUCCAGAGCUUCUUGAAAAAGUAUUGGAUUCGGAAUUCAAUAUUUUUAAAGAUGAUAAUGACAAAAGUGAUAGUGAAAAUCUUCUAAUUAAAAUCUCCAGAUUUUUUAAGAAUGGAACUUGGUUUGAUAACAAAAAUUUAGUUAAUACCAUGAUAUCCUUUUUAGGAGAUCUAACUUUCCGAGAAGCAUAUAAUAGAACAGGUCGAAUUUUGAACAUCACUGUGUCACCGGCAUCAACGUUUGAACAACCAAGAUUAUUAAAUAAUUUAACAGCACCAAAUGUUUUGAUUUGGUCUGCUGUCUGUGCAUCAUGUUCAUUACCAGGUAUUUUCCCUCCAACUAAUCUUUAUGAAAAAGAUCCAAAGACUGGAAAAAGGAGAGAAUGGAACGGAAGUAAAUCAGUCAAAUUUGUUGAUGGCUCUGUAGACAAUGAUCUACCUAUCACUCGUUUAUCUGAGAUGUUCAAUGUAGAUCAUAUUAUUGCAUGUCAAGUAAACCUUCAUGUCUUUCCACUAUUGAAAAUGUCAUUAUCUUGUGUCGGUGGUAAUAUUCAAGAUGAAAUUAGUGCUAAAUUUAAAAAAAAUCUUUCAAACAUUUAUAAUUUUAUGUCAAAUGAAUUAAUUCAUUUACUAGAAAUUGGAAGUGAAUUGGGGAUUGCCAAAAAUGCCAUGAUGAAGUUCAGGUCAGUUUUAUCGCAACAAUAUUCUGGUGAUGUCACAAUUCUUCCUGAUCUUCAGAUGAUACUUAGAUUUAAUGAAUUAUUAUCAAAUCCCUCACAAGAAUUUCUUUUACGUGAAACAACAAACGGUGCAAGAGCAACCUGGCCAAAGGUUUCCAUUAUUGAAAAUCACCUUUCUCAAGAACUUGCUCUUGAUAGGGCAAUUACUAUUUUAAAAGGUAAGCUUAUUGUUUCCUCUUCUAUAGGGAAUCCGUUACAGUUUAAUGACAUGGCUUAUGGCUUAAUUAAAACUGCAAUUAACAAUAAAGGAAACGAACAAGGGGAAUCUUAUGAUUCUUCAGUGUCAAAUAACAAUCACUUAUCAACAGUUUUAGAUGAUAAUUUGAUCGAUAUGGAAUCUUCAAAAACUUUAUUACUAUUCAGAGAAAAUACAGGGACUUUAAGAAGAGCCACAAAUUAUAAGCUCACAACCCCAACAAAAACAAAAAAGAUUAGACGAAUGUCUGAUUUUUCUGAAACGCCUGCUAGAAAUACUUCACAUUCAUUUUCAUUUUCUACUUCUCCAACUUCAAAACACUCUAGAGUCAGUCAUAAAUAUGGCACUGGUAUUCGUCCAGGAUUAAGAAAGAUGAAUAGUGCUUAUCGGAAUUAUCAGAUUAGAGAUGCCGAUUUCUAUCCACAUAGUAGAAAUAUCAAAGAAAUUGAUUCAGCACCAGUUUCUAAACAAGAAACUUCAAUCAUUAUACCAAUUCCAAGUUCUGCCAAAAUAGGAAACGUUGAUUCUUUUAAUUAUGAUAGAAUUGAGAAUAAUCUUAAAAAUUCUACAAUGAAAAUACUGUCUAACACACGAACAGAAUUUCAAAACAAGAUUAUUGACGAAACCCUAGAUCUGAGUAAGGUUUUUACUUCUGAAUCAGAAGUUGAUGAAUCAUCUAACAAUGAAAAAAGUGAAAAAAGUGACAAAAGUGACAAAAGUGACAAAAGUGACAAAAAUAAUAUAACAUCUCCUGAUAGAAAAACAACCUCUCAUUCGCAUGGACUGAGAAAUACAUUUAGCAGUCCUCUUAAAAAGAUAGGUUCUCUAUCUUACAAAUCACGAAAAUCUCCUUAA